AUGGCGCUUCCGUUCCCGCAACCGUUGGACUUGCUGCCGCCGGGGUUUGUGAUGGCCCGGUUCAUAGACGCCUUCUCUGCUAGCUCCGAGUUCAUAUACUGGUGGUCGCCAUCCCUCGACGUCAUGCGCACAUGGCACGCGUCCCGGACCCGGGGGCGGUUCAGCGACCCGGCCACGCAGCAGUUCAAAGUCGUGGAUGCGUCUUCCGGCACGGUUGUCGCGUUCGCGAAGUGGGAUCCGCCGAGUGCGAUGGAGGGGCUGCGGGAGGGGUUUGUGGUUUACGAUGAGGAGGGGAGGGAGGUUGGGCUGAGGGGGGAUGGGAAGAUAGGGGGGGCUGUGCAGAAGAAGAAGCUAAAGGCGCCGGAGGGUGCGGAUGAGAAGCUUUAUGAGGACUUUUUCCAUGGUCUGAAGACUAUGGGGGAGAAGUGGAAGUCUCAUGAGAAGUUGGUCCUCUCCGUAAUAUGCACCGACCCCUCCCACCACGGCCGGGGCAUCGCCGCCUCCCUAAUCCGCCCCGUCCUCGCUCUCGCGGACAAAGAAGGCAUCCCCGCGUACCUCGAAGCCCUACCCCUAGCCGUGCCGCUGUACCAGCGCUUCGGCUUCCAGCCUGUGGACCGACUAGAGUAUGACUUAGCCAAGGCAGGAAGGCAGGGGAAGGCCGUGCUGACGAUUAUGGUGCGGGAGCCGCAGUCGGAGUCUACGCCGACAUGAGUGGGUGCAUUGCUAGCUUGGCAGAUACUG